AGUAGAAUUCACGAAACGUGAGUCCUGUGUCACUGAACCAAUUUCAAACGAGUUCUUUAUUCUCUGUCACAUGUCAACACAUGAGCGAGAAAGGGAUGGUAACAAUUGGAUAUAGUGGAUUUGCGUACUUAAAUAGUUCAUUCAAUAUACGUAAUAUACAAUGGUACAUGCUUUUAUUUGAUUCCCUUUGGUUCAAAUCAUACGUCUAUGGUUCAAAUCAAAUACAGCAGAAAUUGACAAGCUGGCGCUGCGAGUUGCGCAGAAGAUUAUUGAACGUAUAAAAAAAGUCUGCGUGGUUAGAAGGGGCGGAGCCGAAGAAUGCUAAUGAACCAAGAUGGUGGUCAUGUAUGUAUGUAUACAAAAUGCAACCAGCACUGCAAUGAUAAAAUCAAGAUAAGAGCUUUAAUGAUCGCUGAGAAAAUGUCAUUGUUGAAAAUAAGAGUUCAUCUGCGUCAUUUUUUCAUAUUUUUUAAAAUGAAGGCCGGCUCUUGUUAGCCAUAAAGAAGUGCUUGCAGUGAUACAUUUGUAGCGAUGAUGGAGGGUGAAGUUAUAGCUAUAAGCGACGCAGAGUCAUCUGGAAGUUUAGUGCUGUUAAACACCAACGAGCAGCCCUCGCAUAUUUCCGUAUCUAAGGAGAACACAAGUACAAGUUCACAGUCUUAUCGGAAAUUAAAAAACAGCAGCAUGAAAUACUUGAACGUCCAGGGGGCUUCUCCCUCGCCCAGGACAAAGGUCAGCGACUGGUUGUUGGCGAAUUAUCAGGCAUCCAAUAUUAAAGUGGUGCCAAAUUCGUUACCUUUCUUUAGUGAUAAUAAAAGUUCAAUCUUAGUAAGGCAAGACUAUGCGAAACCUCAUCGUUCGACAUUGCCCGACAAUUCCACCAGUAACAGCAACUAUAACGAAAAUUCCAAGUAUAACGUCAUUAGUGUUACAAGCUCGGUCUGCAGCAGCUUCCCUUCGAAUCAUAAACAGACUACUGAACUGACAAAACACACAGUAUUGUCGAAAAGUGUACAAAGUUCUAGUUCAUGUGAUACUCCUCCCCUUGAGAACUUAAAAUUGAGCGCCGCCAACGGAACCAAAUCAAGCUCACCUGCUAACGUCGAAGUACCCAACAAAUUGGAGCUGUGCGAGUAUUUAAAAUUGAUGAAUCCAAAGGAUCUCAGAGCGGGCGGUUUUAAACAGAAUCGGCGGUCGGUCCGUGUGAAAAACCUGGCGAUCAUGUCGCAGCAGAGGGCGUUAGAACGUGAAUUGAAUAGCGUUGAAGAGAAAAAGAGCACUCCCGACAGUUCCUUGCAGAGCAUCAGUUCGAAAGAACUGCCCGAUAAACACACGGAAAAUGUGGAGAAGACUUCAUCCUGCAACGUAGCAGUUUCUGUCCCUACAGUGCAAGUACCAGAAAUAACCACAACGUGUGUGCUCAGGACGAAAAGUCGAAACAGAAGUAGAAGUUGUAAUGUUAGCGAGAAUAACGCAAAACUAGAUGUAGCACCUUGCCAAACAAAUAGUAGUCCUAUACCUAACGCUAAGGCUGUGGAAUCGUUGUCUUCUUCAAAUAUUCGCAGUACAAGACGAAAAGAUCGGCUUCUAAAAAGUCCACAUUCCCACCUUCUGAAGUAUUUGAAUACAAUUCCGCCGACUAAUUUCGACGAAUUUUAUUCCACCUACCUUAACGACAUCAAACUGCCUAAAAUGGAAAAGAAAAAAGAAAUCGGUAAGCCGUCGUUCAACGGACCCAAGUAUAAACCAAAGAAAUCUAAAAUUAUAAACGAACUGAAAUACAAAUUGCGCCGCAAAUUGCGAUUAAACGAAACUACAGUUAAACAGAAACUAAGACCGACUCACGAGAGGCAGAAGCCGAAUUCCAAACAUCAGCGACGGCUAAAGUUGUAUCUCAGAAAGCGGAACCUGACGAAAUUGCGAAGCAGGGGGAAAUUGAGGGAGAUCGGUAUCAAAUCGGUGCUAUUAAAUCACGAAAGGCUGAGAAAGAAGAUCAAGAGGAAAACGAAAUUGCAGGCGGUCGCGCCCGUGAAUUGUGAAGAAAAAGACUUUCGUAGUGCCAAUUUAAUACAAAAUCCAAUCACCCAAGUUCCCGAGGAGCCCAUAUCUCCCAAUAAAACUGAACUCUCCGCCGUGAGGUUGUUAAAGUUGCGAUCCGACAUAGAUUUACUGAAAGAUCUCACACCUGAGCAUAGAAAGGCGUUAUUUGAAAGUAAAAGGUUCUUAUUUAGAGCUAAUUCAAAUGAUAAUGCUGAGGCAAGCACCAAGACUGUUCCCCAUUGUGAUAUUCCUGCGGUACCUGAACAUGAAUCUGUCGCUUCGGCAGCACAGCUACAACCCGAAGUGAGUCAGUCCUGCGCUGAAGACGAAGAAGUGGAUAAACUGAUGAAUGGCAACUUAAAGCGUGUUCGGGGAAGGGACUCUGCCAUUCAAAAUGCUCCAACUGAUUUUAAAGAGCAUUGCAGUCGAGAAACCGAAUCCUUAAAGUCAUCAUGCUCCACUUCAGUAUCAACUGGCGAAGAUGAUGCUGACGCCCCAUGUUCUCAAGAAGUAUUACCAACCGCUUACUCGCAUACCGAAACGUGUUCAACACAUGAAAAUGACGUUCGAGUUGAGAACGGUUCAAAUAACGUAGAUAAUCAGCCGGAAGUGAUGGACAUUACCGGUAUCCAAUGCGCAAACGUGCGCUCCGUACAUUCGAUUGAAAAUAAUGAAGCGAAAGUGAAGUCCUUACAUCAGUGUUUAACGCAGACGAAGAAAAAACCGCAAACCAAUUGUUUAACGGGCAAACGAACAAAAACUGAUAGGCGGGUUUCGCAGUCUUAUGCUAUCGAUCUAUCUGUUCGUAACGGAGCGAUUAUGAACGCGUACUACUUGGAUUACAAUCUGGUUAUUGUACAGGAAUUAUUAGUAAGUUUUUGGACACAAACGCCGUUGGGAAACGUACUAGGCGCUCACGAUAUGUGGAUGCCCAAAGGCGAUACAAAGAGGUUAGUGUUGGGUAACGGCUGUUUACGGCAAGACUCCUCUGAUACCGUUACCGUAAUGGACACCUCAAUUGCUUACUUCGAACUGUGGACCAAAGAGCACGUGUCGGAUAGACGAGAACGGCCAGUUGCGGAUAUAUUCGUCACAAUCUACUUAAAGUUAAUGGGCGGCGCUCCCGAUAAAAAAGUGCUGCAGUUAGAAAACAUUCACGGGUAUGCUAACGAUGUGCAAUAUAUAGUCAUAAAAAAUUUCCCAGUUAUCGUAGUCAGUUGGAAUACAAUUCAUGAUCAAUUAACGUCUACGGUCAUACACAGGUAUCAGUUAUCUUCCGAUUAUAAAACAGUAGUGGAUAUUACUUCGAUGCAUGCCGCUACACAUUACAUUUCGUCCCUCCAUAACAUUGAAGGCAGUGAUACGCUUAUAAUGGGAUGCGGUGAAGACAAAAUUACGUUAUGGCACCUGGAAGACGGAUACGUUGUGGCAACAAUGGAUUUGAUGUCACUUUUCCAGCAACCGCGUACUCUGUGGGCGACAGCGGAUCGAGGCUUCAUUUUUACAUUACACAACUUCAAUGACGGCCACUUACACCUAAUCGCUACGAAUAGCUUCGAUUACUCCUGGAAACAGUUACAAGUGUACAAACAGGAGUCAGAUUACGAAAAUUUAGUCGGAAUUUGUAUUGAAAAUGGAUUGGUGGUUGCGUUUUAUGAAACCGGAGUAGUCUGUUGGAAGGCAAUGUCUGGAGAGUUGGUCCUAGACAGCUCGUGCGACGAUAGCAUUUUUCUGCCCUUUGGAAAGCAUAUUGUUAUUAUAACUAACAACCGAGUACAAGUUAGACAUGUACUGGAAUACCUUGUUACUAUUGAUGAAGAUUUGUGAAAUUUUAUUUAUUAUCUCGAUACGUAAUUUUUUUUUAAAUUCUGUGUUGUGCAAAUAUUUAAUAUUAAUGUUAUACAAAGUGUAAAGUUACUUUACUGAAAACAACUCUCAAGUAUAUUUUCGUACUCUUUCAA